CCGAAAGAGCUGUUUCAUGGGUGUUAAAAAAACAGUUGAUCUGAAUCAUAUAUUGUCAAAACAGUUAGUAUUAUACAAACAAGCUAGUAUGGAUGAUUCCAUGAGCUCCACAAAUUAUAACAUCGUCACCCAAUCUAUCUCCUCUAAUUGUUCAGAAGAGAGUGGAUGGACUUUGUACUUUGAAGAAUUCUUAGCCAACAAUGAUAAUUAUAAUACGGAUAAUAUUAUCCAAGAUUAUGAACAAGAAGUAGAAGAAGAAAAAGAAGAAGAAGAAGAUACUUCCUUAUCAUCGUCUGCUUACCGUGCUAAGAGGGUGAGAAAGGUUUGUAAUCGUAAACUCAUCUCCAAAACUCGAAACAUUCAUGCCAACAAGUUUGUUGAUGAGGAGUUGGAGGAUACCGCAAGUUCACCUGGUCAUAGUCCUAAGGUUAAUAAUGAGUUGAACCACUUAUGCAUGAAGUCAAACGAGACGGAUAGCCAAGAUGUUUACAAGGCAUAUAAUUCCAGCCAUUUUCAGACAGAGGAGAAGAAGGACAAGUUAACUAAUUUGUCACAGGAAAAGGGACAAAAUAUGCAGAAUGCAGGAGAAGGUAUUGAUAUGGGUAUCCUAGAGGCACAAUUGAGGAAAAAAGGACUUUACUUAGUUCCAAUGUCAAUGUUAUUAAAUCACAUUAGUUGAAAAUAUAUUUAAUUAUUUUCAGGCCUGGAAUUUUAAUUUGUCAGUGUACGUAGCUACCUCUUUAUGUAAUUGUGUAGGGGAGAGCAAAAAUGGAAUUUCCCUCCAUUCAAUAAUUGAGGAAAUUAUAGCUACAUAGGAUUCAAGAAGACCCUUCAUGCCAAAGGUCUUACUUAUGUAAAAACUACUCUGUAAAUUAGGUUGGUGUAAUAUAUUACGUAUCUACGAGAGUUACUGCA